AUCAGGUGGUUGGUCCAUCUCAGCCAAUAGUGGCAACAGUUGGUGAUGACAUCAUUUUACCAUGCCAUCUGAGACCUGCCAAGAAUGUUUCAGACAUGACAGUAGAGUGGGCGAGACCUGACCUGAACCCCAGGUUUGUUCAUGUGUGCCGUGACGGUGUGGAACUGGAGAGUAAGAAACAUCCGUCCUACAAAGGAAGAACAUCAGUGUCCAUCGACAAACUGAAGCACGGAGACAUUUCACUGACGCUCUCCAGAGUGACACUCUCUGAUGGGGGACAAUAUAAAUGCUUCAUUCCAGGACUGGGUCACUCUUUAAUUCAGCUUGUUGUUGGUGCUGUUUCUCCACCUUUCAUCGUGAGUAUUAACAUAACCAGCAGAGGAGUGGUGUUACAGUGUGAGUCUGCAGGCUGGCAUCCAGAGCCUGAGGUGCUGUGGCUGGACGGUGAGGGAAAGCUCCUCUCUGCUGGACCUACAGAGACAGUCAGAGGUCCUGAUGACCUCUAUACUGUCAGCAGCAGAGUGACUGUGGAGAAGAGACACAGCAACAGCUUCACCUGUAGAGUCCAACAGAGGAACAUCAACCAGACCAGAGAGACAACUACUCACAUUUCAGCUGAUUUCUUUACGACUCCACCAAGUUCAUCUACAAACAACAACAAAUCAUCAUGUAUCAACAAAUGUGUCAUUGCUUUGGUUGUUGUCUUUUUGUGCAGUCUCAUAGUUGCUUACGCUUGGUGGAACUGGAAACAAAACAAAUCAUGCCACUGCGCUCAACAAGGCAGCCCACAUGAUGAAACAGGCCAUAUGCUGUCUGCCCAUCCAACCCCGAAACCAGAACAUUCUACUCCAGCAAGACUCACUGGGAGGCACACCACACUUAGCUAGCUCAUCGUAAGAUGUCAGUGGCCAAUGUUUUUUCUGUUGUUCAAACAAUGACUUAAAUUAAGAAAGCCAACAAACUCUCUACAGAGAGUUAGUCGGCUUUCCUCUUGUGAUUUUGAAUUGUAAUAGCUUCCAAAAAGCCCUUAUUCUGCAGUGAUUUUGUCAUGGUUAAUGCAGACUAGCAUAAUAGGACAACGUAAUGGAUAUUGUAUUUACACUGAAUUUAAAUAAAGACAACCACAU